GGCGCUUGCGGAGCGCUGUGACGGAGAGCUUCGUCCUGUAAAGAGACAGAGCGGUAACGAUUAUUUGUACUUUUAUUUGCUAAUUCGCCAGACACGCGAUAAAAUCGCUGCAGGAACACGCGUAAAUGACGGAAUUCUGCCUCCCGGCUUCCAGAGGUCAGAUGGUCUGAGCCGGCGUCUUCGGAAGAGUCAGGAUGGACGACCCCACAGAGGCGCAAGGCGAGCUUCACGAUACGGUUCCCCUGACACUGACGGCAGAUGAGAGGUCGGAGAUCGAAAACAUCAAGGUGCACAAACACGACCUGUUGGAGGACAUCCAGAAGCUGAAGAUGGAGAUCGCCAACGUCAUCGCGGAGAUCGAGGGCUUUGAGCAGGAGGAGGAGAACAAAACGAUCGAGAGGGAGAAGCAAGUGGCGAUCGGAAAGAAAAAGUUCAACAUGGACCCGAAGAAGGGCAUCCAGUACUUGAUCAAUAACAAACUCCUGGAGUGGAAUCCGCAGACAGUGGCUGACUUCCUGUACAGGGAGGAAGGGCUGAACAAGACAGCCAUCGGGGACUUCCUGGGAGAGAGGGAGGAAAUGCAUCUCAAAAUCUUAAAGGCCUUUGUGGAGCUCCACGAGUUUGCAGACCUCAACUUAGUGCAGGCACUGAGGCAGUUCCUGUGGAGUUUCCGGCUCCCUGGAGAGGCGCAGAAAAUUGACAGGAUGAUGGAGGCCUUUGCCACACGCUACUGUGAAUGCAACUCUAGUGUCUUCCAGUCUACAGACACCUGCUACAUCCUGUCUUUCGCCGUCAUCAUGUUGAACACCAGCCUGCACAACCCCAACGUCAAGGACAAGAUGACAGUGGAGAGGUUCAUCAUCAUGAACAGGGGCAUCAACAACGGAGGGGACCUGCCCGAGGAGCUGCUGUCGAAGCUGUACGAGGGCAUCCGGAACGAGCCCUUCAAAAUCCCAGAGGACGACGGGGAUGACGUCACACACACCUUCUUCAACCCCGACCGCGAGGGCUGGCUGUGGAAACUGGGCGGAAGAGUGAAAACCUGGAAGCGAAGAUGGUUUAUUUUAACUGACAACUGCCUCUACUACUUUGAAUACACCACAGAUAAGGAGCCCAGAGGGAUCAUUCCACUUGAGAACCUGUGUGUCAGAGAGGUGGCGGAACCCAGGAAGCCGUACUGCCUGGAGCUCUACAACCCCAACAGCAAGGGCCAGAAGAUCAAGGCCUGCAAGACGGAGACGGACGGCCGGGUGGUGGAGGGGAAGCACCAGUCCUACAAGAUCUCUGCCGCCUCCGCCGAGGAGAGGGACGACUGGAUCAAGGCCAUCAGGGCCAGUAUUUCUAAGGACCCCUUCUACGACCUGGUGUCGGUCCGCAAGAAGAAAGUGAUCAAUCAGGUGGCUGGAGACUGAGGCGUGCGCGUCUCCCCUCGCCGAGCGCCGCGGGACCGACCUGGGCUGUCUGCAUCUCUCUCACACUGUCACUGUACAGGGACUAUACUGUAGAGGACAGAGGACAGCAGGGGCUGUGAACCUCCACUGGACUGGCACUGUGGGACUAGACUGGACUCCUGUACAGUAUGUCUCUCUCACACUGUCACUGUACAGAGACUAUACUAUACAGGACAUAGGAGAGCAGGGGCUGUAAAAAAUGUAGCAUAACCUCUAGACUCUUCCCUCUCGUUGUACUUUCUCGCAAUGUUGUUUUCUGCUGUUGGGCUUAAGAAACAAAACCCGUCUUGGCAGGAAACUUGCCCAGAGGAAUCAGCUCUUGUUCAUGGUGCUAAACUGUGAAAACCACCGUUUUACAUCGUCUCCUUGAGCAAUCGAGUCAUCUGCGCUGGAGAUCACAGCCAGGGUCCCAGUCCAGGAUGA